AUGCAGACGGUGUUUUCAACAAACAUUCGCGUAAAUACUAGACAUUACAGAGCUGACAUGGCGAGUGAGAGAUCGAAAGGACACCGUGAAACCGCUAAGAUUUGGUUACGAAAGUAUGUGUGUGAGCAAAUCGUUGUUUCGUCAUCUACCACAUCUUUGAAAGUCACUGAUAAUCACAAAGAGCCGCCCUUGAGAACUUGUAGUAGCCCAUUAUCUCCAUUAUUAAGAUCAGACUUGCCUCUUGAUAUCAAGCAGGAGUUUUUGGAUCGCAUUCGUGAUGCAACUAUUUCUGCAUUUCAUGUCGUCUGCAUGCGAUUUAUUAUUUUGACGUAUAAGAUUUAUCAUUCGCAAGUACAGCCAAGCAGCAUUUCCGCUACAAGGCCUAUCUCACAAAUCUGUCGAAAACUAGAGGUCAGAGACUGGAAAGAUCAAAGAUAUACGAUGCUUGUUCAAGAGCCACAAAUGUAUACUGGUCCUUUGGCUUCUGAUAUAUUGACAAAAGUAUAUCAUGUAGAAUGUUCAGAAAUCUGUCUUCCUCCUCCGUUAGAUCAUAGUUUAUUUUCAAGCACGUCAAGCUCUCGUCAGCUCCUGCAACUUUUCAAUUUCGAAACAGAAACUAGGAUAAAUAAUCGGUUAUCGUAUAAUUUUUGGAACUGGGCUGAAAGUUCUAAUCCACUUCCUGCUUUCGGGCGUGUUGAAACAGGCGGGCGGCUUCCCAUUGGAUCAGCAAAUACGAAUACCAGUGGAUCAGCAAAUAUGAAACGAGUGCAUCAGCAAGUACAAAACGAGCGCAUCAGCAAGAACGAAACGAGCGCAUCAGCAAGUACGAAACGAGCGCAUCAGCAUUUACGAUUACGAGUGGAUCAGCAAUUUUCAACUAAUGGGCAGUUUCUCCAGUGUGACAGCAUCGGGAAGUGUUGAAUGAUUAGACUUUUGGCCCUAUUUAAUUUUUAAAUUUAAUGAAAAUGAAAAGCAAAUAAUACUGUGACCUUUCUUUAUAUAUAUAUAUAUAUAUACUCAUGCAUGAGUUGUCUGCAAAAAAAAAAAAACAAUUAUUUUCUUGUUUUCUAACUGUAAAUGUCUUUCUGAUGGGACUGACUCAUUUGAUAAAAAGCUUUUUAUGAAAAGACAAAAAGUCUCACUUGUGCCCCUUGCAUUUGGCUUAUUUUCUGACAUGGACUGCACAAGAAUUCCUUCAAUUACAUUAAGCAACUAUGUAACGCUAUCAACUACCCUCACAAGAAACGGUUGAGAAUAAAGCGAUUUGCUUAAAGAAAGUCUUGAGAAAACUAACUACAAACACAUUUGUACUUUGACCACUUUCAUUUUUGUGGUGUAUAUAAGAGAG